AUGGACCCUCCCACCACCUCAGCUUCUUCAAUCACUGUCAACACCACAAAGGCCACCGCGGCCGUCUCCAACAACUUCCCUCCCCCCAAGACCGAUAAGCCCCGUCCUCACGUCUGCGCCACCUGCCAGCGUUCCUUUGCCCGUCUCGAGCAUCUCAAGCGUCACGAGCGCUCCCACACAAAGGAGAAACCCUUUGAGUGUCCUGAAUGCGCACGAUGCUUCGCUCGCCGUGACUUGUUGCUGCGUCACCAGCAAAAGCUGCACCAGUCUUCCACGCCAUCUGCGCGCCCACGAAAUCGUCGCGAGUCGACUAGCGGUAACCCCGCCCAGAGCCGCGCGCGCAAGAACAGCGUCGCCAAUGCUACCGGGACCAAUGGAGCCGCCUCCAACACAAUGAGGCCCCGUGCCAACACAAUCAGUCACGUUGACCAGAGUGCCAUGCAGAUGAUUGCCGCUGCCAGCAACAACAGCAACAACUCGAUCGCCCCUCCGAGGAUGCCCCAGGGCCACGGCCACGGCCACGGUCACAGCCGCCACCCCAGUCUCGCCGGCCUGCCCCUCCACGGAUUCGACCACACGUUUGGUGGCAUGGCCGCCGCCAUGAACGCUCAGCGGGGCGGCAUGCACCACGGCCUCAAGAUCGAGACAGCCCAGUCCAACGCCGUCAACGACUUCUCCGUCGGAAACCUCCGCACCGCUCCCCCCAUGGCCGCCUUCAACCCCGACUUCGACCUCGAGACGCUCAUGUUUGGUACCAGCAUGUCGUCAUCCACCAUCAACCCAAACGCCCUGCACUACAACGACUCGCCACCGUCCAUGGCCAUGAACAACCAGGCGUCGCCCUUUGGUAAUUCGCUCGGAGACAUGCCGUCGAGUGCACCCCUCGAUGACAACUUUGACUGGCUGACCGGGUUCGAGAACACUAUGUCGUUUGCGAAUGAAAAUGUGGUGGAGGAAUCGAGCCCCUCGGCCAUCAGUACUACGAGCCAGAGCGGGAUAAGCGAUGUUAUGUUGGAUGGAUCAAACCACAGGGCACCGGCCGGGACGAGCGCCAUGUGGCAGCCAUCUGUCAUGGGCCCGCCACAGAUGCCAAAUCCCUUUGCCCUGGAUCUCAGUGGGUCAGUCUUCCCGGACCUCCUCAACGGGGCUCCUUUGUCACCUCAGCCAGCUUCUCAAAAGACCACCAAUGACCCGUACUUGUCCACGCCCCCUCCCUCCAUGAGCUCGUUGAGCCCCUCAGCUGUGCCAGGCCUCAAGACGCAAAGCAUGAAUCAAACCCUAGGCUUCAAUGCCGCCGCCGCAGGCCCGGAUACGCCGUCGUCCCCUAGCGGCGGCAACCACGGCGGCGCCUCGCCAUCGCCCGUAACAACCAUUACAGAUGCCACCAGGACCACCAUUGUGAACGCUCUGUCCCAAAGCUUACCCUAUGGCGGCCGUAGAUACUCCUUCACCGCCCAGGGAUCGCCGCAGUCUCCAGGAUACCAGACGGCCGGCGGCCCCGCCAGCCAGGCUGCUGAGGUCCCCAGCACCCAGGAUCUGCAGCGCUUUGUCGGCGCCUAUCUCGGCUUCUUCCAUCCUCAUCUUCCAUUUCUCCAUGUCCCCACUUUGACCUUUGACCCCAACUCGCCGCUCAGCGGCCGCACCAAUGGUGUUGGCGGCAGCGGUUGCCUGAUUGUAUCUAUGGCCGCCAUCGGCGCCCUCUACGAGAACGAACAUGCCCAGGCUCAGGAGCUGUUCAAGAUGGCUAAGAAGAUGAUUUUCUACUACCUCGAAGAGCGCCGCAAGGCUGACGUGCGCAAGGCCGACGCGCGCCGCAGCAGCACAGCGGGUGGGGUUCUCGACCACCACGGUCAUAAUGGCGCCCCGCCCCCCCACACGCCCGUAUGGCUCGUGCAGGCCAUGCUGCUCAAUGUUGUGUAUGGCCAUAACUGCGGCGACAAGACGGCCGGUGACAUCGCAUCGACACACUGUGCGGCCCUGGUGAGCCUCGCUCAGGCGGCCGAGCUGCUGCGCCCCACGGAGCAGCAGGACACGGUCAUGGUGGACGACGGCAUGUGGAGCGAAAUCAAGACGGAGCAGGAGGAGCAGCAGCAGUGGCUCAAGUGGAAGACGGCCGAAGAGCGCAAGCGCACUCUGUAUGCCGUCUUUGUCAUGUCUAGCCUGCUCGUCUCAGCCUACAACCACGCACCGGCGCUCACCAACUCGGAAAUCUUCCUCGACCUGCCGUCGGACGAGGAGUUCUUCUCGGCGGAAUCGAGCAGCGCCUUCACCGCCAUGGGUGGUGACAGGGCCGCCAACCACAACCGCAUGUCUUUCCACGAUGCGCUCGGCGAGCUUCUACGGACGAACGAGAGGCAGAAGAGGCAACAAAUCCAGCAGCAGCAGAAACAGCACAACCUCGGACUCGGCGGUCCCGAGGAAAGCGAGCAGCUGCCCCAGACGGACCUGAAGCCCAGCACGUUUGGCUGCAUGAUCCUGAUCAAUGCGCUUCACAACUACAUCUGGGAGACUCGGCAGAGGCACCAUAACAAGGUGUGGACCAACGAGGAGACGGAGAAGAUGCACCGGCACAUUGAGCCGGCGCUCAGGGCGUGGCAGGCGGCCUGGGCGAGCAACCCCAAGCACAGCGUCGAGCGCCCGAACCCGUUUGGGCUGGGCCCGCUAUCGGCCGACUGCAUCCCGCUGCUGGACCUGGCAUACAUCAGGCUGUUUGUCAACCUGUCAAGGUCCAAGGAGAAGUUCUGGCAGAGGGACUGGGAUGGCAUGGCUGACGAGCUGUCACGCGGCACCGACAUGGCGCAAAAUUCCGACCACUCGGACAAGGCGAAUGGUGCCGACGGGGCAGACAGGUCGAUGCCGGGCCCGCCAUCGUUCUACAUGAACUCGCCCAUGACGGAGACGCUGUCGUUGGAUCCGACGCAGAGAGAUGCGGGUUCCAGCCACAGCUCAGAGGCGUCGCGGCGGGAGAUUCAUCUGCGCAAGGCAGCCUUCUUCGCGGCCGACUCCCUGUCCAUGGCGGACAGGAUGGGACUGGUGUUCUCGGAGCAGACAGUCCAGAAACUGCCGCUGCAGGCCGUCAUGUGCGCCUUCGACUGCGCCCAGGUGCUGGGCGAGUGGGUGGCGACGCUGCAGGACCGCGUGGGCAGCUACCUGGGAGUGCUCGGACAGGACAAUGUCGACUACACGCAGGUGCCGGCUAUCCUGUUGCUGGAAGAAGAGGACGUCAAGCUGCUCAACAAGGUCGAGGAGCUUCUGAUGUCGGCCGAGACCAAGAUGAAGCUCAACAUGGCUGGCACCAAUGGCAGUGAUGCCAGCAUGUCCGGAGGCGACGGGCAUUCAGGGCUCGCCGCGCGGAUCUUGCGUGUAACGGCGUAUAGUCUGGACAAAGCAGCCGUCUGGCCGGUGACUCACCUCACUGCGCAGUGCCUCGAGACGCAGGCCAAUCACACCAAGGCGCGAGCGGAGAAGUCUGUUUUGUCGGUGUGA